AUUCGUUCGCGGGCACAAAGCGGAGCAGGUUAUAAACAAAAUCGAAAGACAGCCGAAAGCGGAAAGCCCCUGUACACAGUGCCCAGAACCCAGAUAGCCGAAUAACAAAUUCGACCUGGGCAAAUGAAAAGCGUAGCCAAAAUCGAUAUUUUGUGCCAGCGCCGCGCGCAAAUAGGGAACGUUUCUUGCGUUUAAUAUAACGAAUAAUAUCAAACCAUUCGUGUGGUUUGCUUUGUGAGCCAAUUGUUGAGAAUAUCUGCCAUACAGUAUGGAGUCCUUCCUGAGUCUCUUUGAUCCCAACCAGGACGACGGCUUCGACGAGGAGCCGGAGCUAAAUGGCAACAGCAGCGGCGGCGGGAGCAGCAGCAGCGACUAUGAGACGGACGCCAAUGCCAACGAGUGCCGCCUGGUGGGCGGAGUGCCCACCGAGCGGGGAAACCUGAUCUUCGACUUCGAGCAGGGAAUGCUGCCGCCGGAGCCACAGCUCGGAAACGUGGAGUACAAGCUGAAGCUGGUCAACCCGUCGAAGCAGCGCUUCGAGCAUCUGGUGACCCAGAUGAAGUGGCGGCUCCGGGAGGGAAACGGCGAGGCCAUCUACGAGAUCGGCGUCUCCGAUGCCGGCUACCUGCAGGGCCUCAGCGACAAGGACAUGAACGCCUCGCUCGCCACACUCAAGCAGAUGGCCCACAGCCUGGGAGCCAGUACCUCGGUGCUCCGGCGAAAGACCAUUGCCUCCCGACGGGCCGUGGCCGAGGUCCUGGUGCGGAAGAUUCCCGACGACCAGCACAACAUCGAGGUGCGGGUUGCGGUGCUCGGAGGCGCUGAUGCCGGCAAGUCCACCCUGCUGGGCGUUCUAACACAGGACGAGUUGGACAACGGACACGGCAGGGCCCGGCUAAACAUGUUCCGGCACAUGCACGAGAUUCAGUCAGGACGCACUUCCUGCAUCUCCCACGAGACCCUCGGCUUCGACGCGCUGGGCAAUGUGGUGAACUACAAGUACAAUGAGAUGAUGACGGCGGAGGAGAUAAGCGACCGAUCUAGCAAGCUGGUGACCUUCAUGGAUCUGGCGGGGCACAGACGCUACAUGCGCACCACCGUGCAAGCGCUGAGCGGCUACUCGCCCCACUACGCCAUGCUGGUGGUUUCGGCGGGCAGCGGCUGCAACGACACCACCGAGGAGCAUCUGGCCAUCGUCCGGGCCUUGGACAUGCCCUUCUUCGUGCUGGUCACCAAGACGGACAUCACAUCGCCGGAUGCCACGGUGCAGGAGCUGUGCAACCUGCUGACCACCAUCGGCUGCCGGAAGGUCCCCUUCGUGGUGACCAACACGGAUGAGGCCAUCUCCGCCGGGUCGAACCAGGUCUCCGAGAACAUCGUGCCCAUCUUCUGCGUCUCGAAUGUCACGGGCACUGGCCUCAAUCUAGUCACUAAGUUUCUCUACGUCCUAUCGCCGGGCAUCAGCAAUGCCGAGAAGGAUCGCCUCGAGCAGGAGUCCUGCGAGUUCCAGGUGGAUGAGAUUUUCCGGGUCUCCGACGUCGGUCCCGUGGUAGGUGGCCUGCUGGUGCAGGGCGUGCUCACCGAGAAUAUGCCCAUGAAGAUCGGCCCUCUGCCGGAUGGAAGCUUCCAUCCCGUCAAUGUCAACACCAUUCACCGAAACAAGGCUCCCUGCCGGGUGGUUCGAGCUGGCCAGAGCGCCUCCCUCUCGUUCGCUCUGGACCAGGAUCUGCCCACGCUGCGGAGUGGCAUGGUGCUGCUGGGCGACAUAGGAAAUAACGUGGAUGAGCCCUACGGAACCUACUUCUUUCAGGCGAAGGUGUCUGUGCUGUUCCACGCCACGGCCAUUUACGUCGGCUUCCAGACAACCGUGCACAUCGGAAGCAUUCGCCAGACGGCGGUCAUCCGCGGCAUCAUGGGCGGCGAGCGGCUGGGCACCAACGACUGUGCCUCGGUAAUGUUCGAGUUCGUCGGCCACCCGGAGUAUGUGCGCCCUGGAAUGCGCAUCCUGUUCCGCGAGGGCACCAGCAAGGGCAUCGGAGUUGUUACGCAGGUCUUUCCCGUCAACAAGACCGGCACAAAGUAGAGUCUCCUGACCGAAAGCCGAUCGCCUUGGUAGUUGCAGUUGCAUAACUAUAUAUCUCAAACACGGAUGACAUGUACAUAUACUUAAAUAGCGGUUAGAAAGAUGCGUUAAAUCCUAGGCAGAUCUUCUGUACACUUAGUUUCGGGUUCUGUGAUUUUUCGUUUAAGCUCGGCUCACAAUCGGAAAUUGUGUGUUAAAACCUCCUUAAUUACUCCUACAUCAUUAAAUCGCGACACAAAGAUACAAUA